AUGUAUCAGUGGCAGAAUUGGAAUGAACCAAACAAGAGCCGGGAGGUGGUAUACAUUUUUUUUUCUUUCUUUCUUGCUUGCUUGCUUUCUUUUUUUCUUUCUUUCUUGCUUGCUUGCUUGCUUUCUUUCUUUCUUUUUUUUCUUUCUUUUUUCUUUCUUUCUUUCUUUCUUUCUUUCUUUUUUCUUUCUUUCUUUCUUACUUUUUUCUAUAUUUUAUUAAAAACUUCUAUCUUAUCUUCUUUCUUUUUUUUGUUUCUUCUUUUCUUUCUUUGUUUCUUUGUUGCUUUCUUCCUUCUUCCUCUCUCCCUCCUUUCCGUCCUUCCUUCCUUCCUUUUUCCUUCCUUCCUUUGUUUCUUCUUUCCUUCCGUCCUUACUCCCUCCCUCCAUUCAUUUCUUUGUAUCUUUGUUUAUUCAUUCUUUUUGUUUCUGUAUUCCUCUCUUUCUUUCUUUCUUCCUUUUUUUUCUUUCUUUCUUUCUUCCUUUGGUCCUAAACCAAUUACCAUCGGUCCUGUUUUUCCUUUGUUUCUGUAUUUAGGAUAUGUUUUUCUUUCUUUCUUUCUAUCUUUCUUUCUUUCUUUCUUUCUUUCUUUCUUUCUUCCAUUUGGGCGCUGA